AUGCUGCACAUGCUUGAGGCAUCGGUCACAUGGAGGCCCGUCGCUGAAGCGGCUUUGGAAGUCGCACUCCCAGCAUCCCGCUUGCGACUGGACUAUGCCUCACACUCGACGUCGCUUGAUGUCGCACAUCGCACAAUGUUUGGCAUCUACGUCUUCUUCCCGAUCUCGCUCUACUACUUUUUCAAUCUUCCGCAUACCUUUGCGGAGGAUGUUCAAGCACGGCGGAAAGAGUCGCGUCCUCAAGGAGAGAAACCACCAACCUCCAUUGCUGAAGUGCGUGAAUACUACGCCAAACAAAUGCAGAAUGCCACUACAUCUGAAAAGAAGGAUUAA